AUGGGGGAGAAAGUUUCCGCGGCGCCGGAGCCGGUGCCCCGCGGCGGCAGUGGGCAUGGCGUGCGGACCCUCGCCCCGGCGGCGGCCGCCGCCGCGUCCUCGCUGGGCGCUUCCUCGGCGGAGUCCUCCUCGGGUUCAGAAACUCUGUCUGAGGAAGGGGAGCCCGGCGGAUUCUCCGGCCGACCACAGCCACCGCCGCCGCCGGGCGGCGCCCUCGGGGCCCGGCUGCCCGCCGCCUGGGCUCCUGCGCGCGCGGUGCCGGAGCGCGGAGUCCCUACCCUGCCGCUGCCGCCCCCCGCAGGAGCAGCGCCCGUCGCGCCCCGGGGCGGUGGCAGCGCGUCCCAGGAGGAGCAGGACGAGGAGCUUGACCACAUAUUAUCCCCACCACCCAUGCCGUUUCGGAAAUGCAGCAACCCAGAUGCGACUUCGGGCCUCGGAAGGUCACUGAAGUGUAAGAGACAGCUGAAUGAUGACGGAAAGCAGCUGCGAAGAGGGAGCCUGGGAGGAGCCUUGACAGGGAGGUACCUUCUUCCAAAUUCAGUGGCAGGACACGCAUGGCCAGCCUCUGCAGAGACGUCCAACCUCGUGCGCAUGCGUAGCCAGGCCCUGGGUCAGUCGGCGCCCUCACUCACUGCGAGCCUGGUGAGUACUUGA